AUGAAUGCCCCAAUUACUCCUGAUGAAGUACGCUGUAUAUUCAAUCAAAUUGACAAAAACCGUAACGGAUUCGUUACACCAAGAGAACUAAGGGCAUUUUUCAGAAAACAUGAUGCGAAAUUUGACCGAAGGGAAAUCAAGGAAUUUAUUAGUAGACUGGAUGGAGAUGGAGACGGUCAAAUCAGUUUACAAGAAUUAACUAAGGGUAUCACUGGAAGAUAUUAGGUAGCUAAACACGCAUGAGAUGGAGUUUGCUAAUCACUGUUAAAUACUCUUCUGAUGUGCUUCACGCUUUUUUCAUUUCUUCUUGUUGGCUUCACUCACUUUACUCUGAAACACGAAAGUUAAAUGAGCAUUUUUAAAAUCAUUAUUCUUUAAUAAAACUUAUCAAUAGAUUUCAAGUUAUUCUCAAAGAAAACGGUUUUCAAAUAAAAUUCCAAGUUGGUGAAAAUAGUUUACAGAGAAUGUUGGCAAAACCUUCAACCUGAAUAGUGUUAACUAGCAAACAGCUUUAGAUUGAAUUUAUUUAUUUUUAAGUGCUUCUAUACAUCGCUUCAUAGUUCUAAAGGGAAUUCCCCUGGAAAUAUAUCAGCUAAAAGAAAAAUGGUAUUGGUUUUCUAAAGUCAUGGUUGUGGUAUAAAGGUGUACCUACGGUUUUAACAUGAAGUCAGUAAACGUACUAAAACUCAGUUUCGCCCAGCUUAAUUCAUUCCGAAUAUCCGAAAAGUCAAUAGGUAGUUAG